AUGGACUCUUCUGCACCACCUCCAGUUCCACCUCGUAAAUAUUCUAAAACACUUGGUAAUAUUCAACUUACAUCAUCAUUACCUUCUUUUCAAGAAUCAAGUACUGAUAGUCAAGACAAAAAAGAAAUUUUUAUUCCGUCAAUUAAUUGUACACAACCAUUUAAAAAAGAAAGUUCAACUUCUCCAAAAAGCCCACGUUCACCUCGAGUAGCUAGUGCACCACAAGAAAGUUUUAAAUUUAUUUCACCAAUUCCAGGUAAUUUAAUUACUUCAGGUAAUGUUAUUGCAGCUCAUUUAAAAAAGUUUCAAAAUGAAUCUAUUACUUCUGAUAAAAAAGAAACAGAUGAAGAGUUUUUUGCGCGUAUUAGUCAAAGAGAAAUGACUGACAAAGAUAAAGACCAUUAUCAACGAGUUAUUAAUGAAUAUAAUCAAACCGAGAAAGCACAUAUUAGAGGAUUAGAAAUUAUGAAAGAAGUAUAUUUAAUUCCAAUAAGUAAAUGUGUUUCUAAAAGUGAUGAAACAUUUAUACGUGAUGUAUUAACACAAGUUGAUAUUAUUAUUCAAGUACAUCAAAAUUUCCUUGAAAUGUUUCAAAAAGGAUUAAAAGAAACAAAACCAGGAGAAUUACCAAUGUUAGGUAAAGAGUUUGUAAAUAGUUUACAAUUUUUAAAAAUGGCAUCUCAGUAUAUUGGUAAUUAUGAUAAUUAUAUGAAAAAAUUAACUGAAAUUACUCAAAAAGAUUCUUCUAUUGAAAAAAGUGUUAAGAAAGCAAAAGAAAAAUUUGUUAAUGAACAUAAAGAUGAAAAUAUCACUAUAGGAUCAAUUCAACCAUUAACGUUUUAUCUCAUUACACCUAUUCAACGUAUUCCUAGAUAUGAAUUACUUAUUAGAGAUAUGUUAAAAGAUGUUGGAAGAGAUUUUCCAGAUUUGGAACAAUUAAAAAAAGCGUAUUUACAAGCAAAAGAAUCAGGUAAAGGAGUUAAUCAAGUUAAGAUGCAAUUAGAAGAAAAUGAAAAAUACACAAUGGUAAGGGAUAUAAUUAAAGGUGAAUUAAAAAUAAAAGAAGAAGUUUUUAGAAAAUUUAUUUGUUGUGGACCAAUGUAUUUUAUUGAAAAUGUAAAUACACCACCAUCUAAAUUAGUAUAUGUCUUUUUAUUUAAUGAUGUUCUUCUUGAAACAAAACCAUUAAAAAUUGCAGGAAAAUCAGUUAAUAUUGAAGAUGGAGAGAGUUUAAAGAAAGUAUUUAAUAAUUUAAAAGAAAUAAAAAAUAUUAAAGACUUAGAAACAUAUGAAUUUGAAUUAAUUAGAGAAUUACCAUUUACGUUAGGUGCAUGUACAUUUAAACCAAUUAAUGACACUAGUGAAGUAAAGAAUUUAUUUUCUAUUUUAUUAAGAGAAUAUAAAGUUAUUAGAAAUGUUGAAAAAGAUUUUCCAACAUUAGCCAAAUAUUCUACAUUUACACAAGAAGAGAAAGAGGCAUGGAAAUCUAUUAUUUAUGACCAAUUUAGAUAUAUAGAUGAAAUAAUAGAAAAUAAAGAAAAGGCUCAAAAAAGUAAAGGAGAUAUUGUUACUUCUGAAUUGUUUAGAGUAGAACAUAUGAGACAAACUUCUUCAACAGCGUCUUGUAUUAAUAAUAAUGAUUCAAGUGCAUCUAAUACUGAAUCUUCAAAACAUAUAUCAGAUACAUCAUCAAUUUCUACUAAUUCAUCAUCAGGAACAUCAAUUAUUGGAACAACAAAAGUAAAUAAUAAUGUUGUUCCAUUAAUAUCAUCAAAUGAAAAAAAUAAAAAUUCACAGCAAUUUAGUAUUCAGUAUAUAUCUGAUACUCCUGGUAAUUUAAUAACAUCAGGUAAUAUUAUUAGUAGUAUAUGUAAAACAUUAUCUGAUUUAGAAAAUCAACAUAAAAGUGGGAGUGAUGAACAAUUAUUUAAAUCAAUAGAUGAAAGGAUAAUGACUGAAAAAAACAACGAACAUUAUAAAAGGGUUAUUCAUGAAAUGACUGAAACGGAAAAAAUACAUAUUAAAGGAUUGGAAAUUUUAAAAGAAGUCUAUUUAAUUCCUAUUACAAAAUCAACUAAUUCAGAAAGUGUUAGUUUUGUUAAAGGUAUAAUUUCUCAAAUAGAAAUUAUUAUUGGAGUUCAUAAAAAAUUUUUAAAAAUGAUGGAAGAAGGAGAAAAGACAUCAAAUGAAGGAGAGUUACCAAUGUUAGGAGCUAACUUUGUCAAGAAUAUUCAAUUUUUAAAAAUGGCUGCUACAUAUAUUUCAAAAUAUUCUAGUUAUCUUGAAGGUCUAACUGAAAUUAUGAAUAAAGAAAAAGAUGUUGUAAAAGCACAAAAUAAAGCUAAACAAGAAUAUAGUAAAUCACAUAAUAAUUGUAAAAUUGAAUUAAUGUCAUUUUAUCUCAUUACACCUAUUCAACGUAUUCCUAGAUAUGAAUUACUUAUUAGAGAUAUGUUAAAAGAUGUUGGAAGAGAUUUUCCAGAUUUGGAACAAUUAAAAAAAGCGUAUUUAGAUGCUAAAGAAUCAGGUAGAGGUGUUAAUCAAACUAGAAUGCAAUUAGAAGAAAAUGAAAAGAUGUCUCUCAUUCAUCAAGUUAUUAGUGAUUUUCCAGAACUUCCUAAUUCAUCAGCUCGUAAAUUUAUUUGUUGUGGACCAGUUUUUGCUAUUCAAAAUAUGAACGAUUUUCCAAGUAAUAUUGUUUACUUAUUUUUAUUUAAUGACAUUAUUGUAGAAACUAAGGUGGUUCGUUUUAAUGGUGUUAAAAUUAAAGAAGAACAAGGAGUUUUUGAUCCAGUGUUAUUUAAAGAAUUGACUGAAUUAAAGAAUUUUGAAGAAUUACAUAAUAUUAAAUUUAUACUCUCUAAAGUUUAUUACUUCCAAACACAAUCUAAAGUUAUGCCACAAGGUGAUAGUUCUAUGGUAAAACAUGUCCUGAUGCUACUUGCAUUUGAAAGUCCACAAAAAGAAACUGAAAAAACACCAUUUGCUUUAAUCAAAUAUGCUGCACCAACAGAUGAACAAAAAGAAGUUUGGAAAUCAGUUAUAAAUGAUCAAAUAGAAGCAAUUAAAGAUAGAGAAGAAAAGAAAAAGAAAGCACAAAUACAAUUAAACGAAAAUAUUUCUGAAUCUGUUAGUACUCCUGAGAAGAAUUAUUCUCAUGUAUAUAAUAGAUUAACAAUUAAGUAUAAAGCCAAAGAAGUUGGGUCAUUAGUCACAUGCUCUGGACCUAUUGUUGCUGUAGCUAAAAGGUUACAAGAUAAUUUUGAUCAUCCUGAAACAAAUAUUGAAGCAUUCUUUAAAAAGAUUGAAGAGAGAGAAAUGACUCCAGAAGAUGAAAGGUGUUAUCUUAAUAUUAUUCAAGAAUUAGAAAAUGGAGAAAGAGAUCAUCUUAUGAAUUUAAGAACACUAAAAGAAGUUUAUUUAAAUCCAAUAAUAAAAUUAGUCAAUAAAGAACAUGCCACAACAAUAAAUGAAUUAAUUCAACAAAUUGAUGUAAUGAUGAAUAUUCAUCAGAAUUUCUUAGAUACUUUUGUUAAAAGUAAAGAGACACAACAAGGGAUACCUGGCAUUGGUUCAGAAUUUGUUAAAAAUAUUCAAUUUUUAAAAAUGGAAGCAACAUUUGUUAAUAAUUUUAAUACAUAUCAAAGUGUAUUAGAUGAAGUUUGUAAAGACUCAUCUAUUAUAAAAGCACAAAAUAAAGCUAAAGAACCAUUUAUGCAACAAACAUUAGAAACUGAAAUUCAUCCAUUUAUGUUUUAUCUUAAUCGUCCACUUGUUCAAACACCAAAAUAUGAGUCAUUAAUUAAAACAAUGUUAACUCAUGUAGGAAAAGGAUUUUUUGAAUUAGAAUUAUUAAAGAAAGCAUAUUUAGACUCAAUAAAAUGUUCAGAUAGUGUAAAUAUAAUGAAAACAAGAAUUGAAGAAAGUGAAAAAUAUCUAAUGAUAAGAAAAACAAUUAUAGGACAAUUUAGUAAUGACACUAUUAUAGCUCGUAAAUUUCUUUGUUGUGGUCCAUUAUUUAUUGUAGAAAAAGUUACAGAAAUACCACAAAAAUGGAUGUAUUGUUUUUUGUUUAAUGAUAGAUUAGUUGAAACAAUGCCAAUUAGUAUUGAUAAUAAACCAAUUAAGGAUUUUGUGGAUGCAUUUGCAAAAUUAAGAAAUAUGAAAAAAGUAGAAGAAUUAAGUAAUUGGCAAUUUGAAAUAAUAAAAGAAUGUAUAUUUAAUACAGAGACAUAUGUUGAAUAUUGUUCACAUGAAAAUGUAUGUAAAAAUCUUGUAAAUUUAAAGAUAUCUCAAAUACCAUAUAGAUUUUCAUGUUCUACUUUGUUAGAGUCUGACACUUGGAAUUCUAUUAUUUUUGAUCAAGUUGAAAGACUUAAAAAUAUUGCUCAAACAAAAAGAAAUAGAAGAAACGCUGGAUUAGACUUUGAAAUUGGACUUCAUAAAAAAACAUUAAGUUCAUCAGUUAUUUCUAUUAGUAGAACUCGGUCAACUGAUACUUGUGAUGACUUUAAAUCAAAUACCAAUAACCUAGAAAAUAAAAUUCCUUCUCGAGAAUCUCCUUCUUCUACACCUCGAAGAGCUCGUAGAGGAAAUGAAGAUGAUAGAAUGAAAGAAUUACAACGUCUUCAACAAGAACAAUUAACUGAAAAGCAUGGAGAUAAAAAGAAGAAAGAAAAAGAUAAAAAGAAAAAGUAA